UCAGAGGAAGCUAACAUAAGUGCCUUAGUGGAGUCAGAAUUGGUGGAAAUCAGCUGUCCUGUCCAUCCUUCAUCUGAGUCUGUAUACAACCAUGCCAUCCUACACAGUAACUGUGGCCACAGGGAGCCAGUGGUUUGCAGGGACUGAUGACUACGUUUAUAUCACCCUGGUGGGAACAGAGGGAUGCAGUGAAAGGACCCUGCUUGACAAAGCUCUGUACAACGACUUUGAAAGGGGGGCGGUGGACUCGUACGACGUGACGGUGGGGGAGAACCUGGGCGAGUUGGAACUGGUGAAGAUAGAGAAGAAGAAGUACUGGGUUCAGGAUGACUGGUAUUGUAAGUACAUCACAGUAAAGACCCCCUCUGGAGACUACAUAGAGUUCCCCUGUUUCCGCUGGCUGGUGGACGACAAGGAGGUGAUCCUCAGGGAUGGCAAAGCACGACUGCCGAAAGAUGAUAAGACCAGACAGGCGAAGCAGCACCGAAACAAAGAGCUGGAGAACAGACGGAAAACCUACAGAUGGCGGGAGUGGCAGCCUGGGUGGCCAAUGAGCAUUGACGCCAACGCUCACAAGGAGCUGCCCAGAGACAUUCAGUUUGACAGUGAGAAAGGAGUGGACUUUGUCCUCAACUACAGUAAGGCGAUAGAGAACCUGUGUGUGAACCAGUUCAUGCACAUGUUCCAGUCUUCCUGGAGUGACUUUGCUGAUUUUGAACGGAUCUUUGUCAGGAUUAAGAACACCAUCUCAGAGUAUGUGAUGGAGCAUUGGAAGGAGGACUUCAUGUUUGGCUACCAGUACCUGAACGGCUGUAACCCAGUGAUGAUCCAGAAGUGCACCAAGCUGCCGGAGAAGUUCCCUGUUACACACAGCAUGGUGGCAGACUGUCUGGAGAGGGACCUGACACUGGAGGAAGAGAUAGCGGCUGGCAACAUCUACAUAGUGGACUAUGAGCUGAUGGAGGACAUCAGUCCCAACAGUACAGACCCAUGCACUUCACAGUACCUGGCUGCUCCCAUCUGUUUGCUCUACAACAACAGCCAGAACAAGGUCCUGCCUCUGGCCAUACAGCUGAGUCAGACCCCGGGGAAGGACAGCCCCAUCUUCCUGCCCAGUGAUGAUCAGUAUGACUGGAUGCUGGCUAAGAUCUGGGUUCGCUCCUCUGAUUUCCACAUCCACCAGACAAUAACACACCUGCUGAGGACUCACCUGAUCUCUGAGGUGUUUGGAGUGGCCAUGUUCAGACAGCUGCCUGCGGUCCACCCCAUAUUUAAGUUGCUCCUUCCUCAUAUUCGUUUCACCAUCGCCAUCAACACCAAGGCCAGGGAGCAGCUCAUUUGUGAGUUCGGCAUCUUCGAUAAGGCCAAUGGCACUGGAGGUGGAGGUCAUGUGGAAAUGAUCCAGAAGGCUAUGAAGACUAUGACCUUCAGGUCUCUGUGCUUCCCUGACUCCAUCAAGGCCCGCGGGGUGGAGAGCUGUGAGGACUUACCCUACUACUACUACAGAGAUGACGGGAACAAGGUCUGGGAGGCCGUCAAGAGUUUUGUGUGGGACGUGGUGUGUAUCUACUACAACAGUGAUGACACAGUCCAGACGGAUGAGGAAAUCCAGGCUUUUGUUAAAGACGUCUGCAGCUUUGGGAUGCAGGACCUUGACUGCUGUGAGUUUCCCAAGUCCCUAAAGACACGUGAAGAGCUUACUGAGUACCUGACUGUUGUCAUCUUCACUGCUUCUGCACACCAUGCUGCCGUCAACUUUGGACAGUAUGACUGGUGCUCGUGGAUCCCCAACGCGCCCCCCACCAUGCGUAAACCCCCUCCCACAAAGAAGGGGGUGGUGGAUGUCAAGUUCAUCAUCGAGAGCCUCCCAGACCGUGGCAGGUCCUGCUGGCAUCUGGGCGCUGUCUGGGCUCUGAGUCAGUUCCAGGAGAAUGAGCUGUUCCUGGGGAUGUACCCUGAUGAGCACUUCAUAGAGAAGCCUGUGAAGGAGGCCAUGGAGUCGUUCAGGAAGAGACUGGCAGAAAUCUCCAGGGUCAUCAACACCCGCAAUGAAGGCAAGAAACUUCCGUACUACUACUUCUCUCCAGACCGGAUACCUAACAGUGUGGCUGUCUGACAGAGGAAGGGAGUGGGGACAGAGGGAUGGGGCCGGAGGGGGAGAGAAGGAGAGGAAGAGGGUAUGGGAGGAGG